AUGGCUGAAAUUGGAGACUGGAUAAACACCAAGCUGUCAAAAUUUCUGUCUUUUCCGGCACCACCAGAUUUGAUAGAUUACAUUUGCACAAUCAACAACGAGAAAGAUUUUCAAGAGUAUUUCACGUCCCUGCUUGACUACAAGGACCCUGAACAGGUUGCCUUUGUGAAUGAAUUAGCACAAAAAUUGCUUUCCAAAGACCAAACUAAGGGUACCAAUAAGCAGUCGAGUGGCACGAAGCAAUCAUUGGCUCAAAAGUCUAUUGAACUGAACAAGGUCGAAGAAGUACAUCAAGAAACGCUGAGAAAGAGAGAAAAAUUUCCCACUCUUGUUCCAAAUGAGCAACCAAAACAAAAAUCUCCACCCAAGGAACAGCAGGGAAAGAAAAAGACGAAAUUUGUCAACAUCUAUUCCAAUGAAGGACGCCAAAAAGACGUAAUCACUGUACCUGGCCGGCACAAGUGCUGCUGCGAAGCUACCAAACAUGAGUUAGUGAAUAACUGUCUCAGCUGUGGAAGGAUUGUUUGUGGCCAAGAGGGCCCUGGACCAUGCUUAUUCUGCGGAAAAUUGGUGUGCACCAAAGACCAGGCGAGGAUUGUAGGUCGCGGCAGCAAGAAGUCUGAGAAGUUGGUUCAACACUUGAUGAAGCUAACUGAAGACCCCAAAAUGGACAAGGCUAUUGAGAAGAAAAAUAAACUGCUCGAAUAUGACAAACAAAAUUUCAAGAUGACCAGAGUUAUCGAUGACCAGAAGGACUUCUACGCCUUAUCAACCUGGCAGUCUGAAAAGGAAAGGAGCCAUAUCCAGAAAAAAGAGCAAGAAAUGAUGAACCUUAAGUAUGGAUCAAGGAGGGACAAAAAAUUCACAAUUGACUUCUCAGGCCGAAAGGUUUACGAGGAUGAGAUUGUUGAAGAGCAGUUCAACCCUGAUGAUGAUCCUGUCUUGAAACAGAUCAGAUCUGAUGCGUUGAAAGAAGUUUUAAAAGAACGUCCAGCACUCGAUUCCAACCCAACUCUUUCUCACAAGCCUCAGUUUGUAGAUGUUGGUGGCAGCAAUCCAGUUAAUAUUCCGAAAAGAAGAGCAGAACCUUCUGAAGGCAGGGUACAGGACAAAGAGUUGCUUGAAAUGAGUGAUCAUGCCAAAUGCAUGAAGGGCGGAACUGGUACACAAAGCACAGAGGUCCUUUAUGGAUUGCAGCCGCAGCUCAUGAGCCAACGCAAGAAGAGAUUAAAGAAGUUGAAAACGCCCAUGCUCACAUUGCUAAAUCAGGUAAACUUGCUGCUCUAG